AUGCAGGACUGGAAUCUCUAUCUCCGGUCAACAGAGGGAACAAGUGGGGCAACAGAUAGUUUGCUGGCCACAAACUUGUCGACCACCUCCCAACAGGGCUCGACGCAUAGCUCUCCUCUAGUACUACCCUCACAGAACGGCCUUCCACGAAAGCGGUCUUCCCCGCUCGCCGUGCCGCCCCUCCCUAGGAAUCUUAAAAAGCGGCGUUCUCCGACACCCCCUCACUCCCCGUCGCCUUCUCCGCCGGGUUUCCCUACCACUCCCCUUCCGCGAAACAGCUUUGCCCGAUACGCCGCACAAUCCUCGGUGACACCCAACAUCGCCUCUGUCCCGCCCUCACCCGCUCUCUCCAAUAUGGUGACGGACGCGAUCAAUAUCGCCAGUCAGCUCAAUGGUUCCCCCCGUGGAACAGCCAAUGGCGAACGCCUGAAGAUGAAGCGCCCUUCCCCUCUGCCCUUACCCCGGCGGAUCCCGCCAGGUGCCCCGCGCGCUGAGCGCCCUUCUCAGCCUCUGUCGCAUGUGCAGAGGAACAGUAGUUCGGAGUCGUCCACAUCCGCCCAGGAUGUCGAGACUCAGUUGACUCAGGACAUGGGCAUAUCUCCCUCCGUGUCACAGCAAUCACAGUCACAGCCGCAAUUGCAAUCUCAGUCUCAAUCGCAGUUGCAAUCUCAGUCUCAGUCCCAGGAAGCACCUCAACAUUCCCAAUCCACCGAGUCCGUCGCCUCGCUUCGCAGCCAGGCCGCGUACGAUAGCCAACGUAUCGUGCACGAGGAGAUCAGCGACUUCCUCUCCCAACUCUCUGACCAGAACCAAGGCCCCCCGCCCACGUUCCGCUCCGGGACGCUGCGGAUCGGACCGAACAAAGUCGCGCGCGAGGUGAAAAUGGACGUUAACGACGUUCCUGAGGGAAACGACCUCUACGCAGGUCGUCCGGGCGCGGUUGCUGCAUCACAGAGCAGGCAGGGUGGGGCGAUGUCCGUCGACCCUGGAGGCGUACAACCGUUUGGGUACGGCUACUCUAGCAUGCCGCUGUACACCCAAGCACCCUAUCGUAGUCAGAGCCCGUCCCAGUGA